CGACGAGUUGCCGCCGCCUUCCCGGACAAAUCUGAUCGUAGAAUGGACGCCAACGUGGCGGAGAGACCCACCGCCAAGCUGCGCCCCAACGCUGCUGCUGCUGCGACCGCCAAGACGGAGCAACUGAUCAAGACGGACAUGGACAACGAGUUUGCCGAGGAGGAGGGAGAGCUAUUCGCACCGGAGGAACAGGCCGAGGCUGGCUUCAAGUGGUCCGAGGUGGUCUGGUACAACGUGAUCGUGUUGGCCUCGUGGCAUGUGGGGGCACUCUAUGCGCUACUUUUCGUCAUGCCGCACUGCUCGCUGCUCCAGCUUCUGGUGCUCUGGGGGGUCCUCUGGGUUGUGGCCGGUCUGGGCAUCACGGCAGGCGCGCACCGCCUCUGGUCACAUCGCGGCUACAAGGCUAAGUUGCCUCUGCGUAUGUUCCUCAUGCUGUGCAACUCGAUGGCCUUUGAGGGGACCAUUUUCGAGUGGUCGCGGGACCACCGCGUGCACCACAAGGGCUCCGACACGACGGCCGACCCGCACAACUCGGAGCGUGGUCUCUUCUUCUCGCACAUGGGCUGGGUCAUGGUGCGCAAACACAAGAAUGUGCGUGAGGCCGGCAAGAAGCUCGACUUCUCGGACCUGCUGGCCGACCCCGUUGUGACCUUCCAGAUGAAGCACUACUUCAAGACCGUGCUGGCCAUGUGCUACGUGUUGCCUGCGGCUAUCGGCUACUAUCUGGGCGACGCAUGGGCUGGAUUCUGGGUGGGCGGUGUCUUCCGCCACGUCUGGGUGCUGCACAUGACCUGGAUGGUCAACAGUGUGGCUCACUUUUUCGGCUACAAGCCCUAUGACCCCAAGAUCCGGGCCGUGGAGAACCUCAUCGUGGCCAUUGGCGCUAUCGGCGAAGGCUACCACAAUUAUCACCACAAGUUUCCGUCGGACUACGCGACGAGCGAGUGGGGCGUCCUGAGUGGACAGUUCAACCCGACCAAGGCCUUCAUCGAUUUUAUGGCCUUGAUCGGCCAGGCCUACGACCUCAAGCGCAGUCGCACGGCCCCCAAGACCCGCAAGCGCGUGGCCAAGGAGGUGAGUAAGGAGCGUUUGAAAAACGGUCUGAGUCCGGCCAUGUCGUGGUGGGACCGGCAAUUGAGCCAGCUCUUCUUCGGCAAGUCGGAGGCCCAGGUGUUCCAUUAA